AGAGUGUUUUCGAACGUAACCUGACAACUUCUGAGUUCUAUAAGAGGUGGAUUUAAUAACCGAUUGUGAAAUGUGACAAGUUUUUGUUCUACAUCAAUGAGUCUAAUGAACAAAUAUAUAUAGAUUAAACAUAAAUGAUUCAAAUUUUCGCUAAAAGUAGUUCUGAAGUUGGUUCUGCUGAUUUUGGAUAAAGUAUAUGAAUUCAAUUAUUCAGUACAGUACGGAGUUGAGUCAGUUCUAAUGUACAUAUGUAUUCAUAUGUUCAGUGACGUUUUAUCAGCGUUUAUCUCAUCUGUUGGAAUAAUGACAAUUUAAAAAGUAUUUCUGUUGCACUAAUUUUAUAGUUUCUUGUUUUAUUGAAGCACUAUAUUACAUUCUAACAUUGGGCUUUUGUUUACAUAAACAAUAAAUUUAAUUUUAACAUUAAUGAGACAUGUAAGCUAUACAACAGAAUUUGAGAAAGAUACGUACAACUAUAAUAUAUUUGAUGACAUGUUUAAUGUCAUUGUAAUAUAAAUAAGGAUAAUUUUGUGCAAUACAGAAAAAAAACAAUGAUUGAUAUCUUAUCAAAUAAUACUAUAUAUGAGUCUAAGCUAAUGUUACAUCAGACAAUUUGUGAAGUAUUAUUAUUAUAGACAAGACAAGACAAGAUUGUGUGAUAAAUUUAUAAAGAUAUAGUUAAUAUAGAUUUACACAAUGCCAAGUUCGUAUUUAUAUGCUAUUAACAAUGAAGGACGUGUAUUCGGACUGUCCACAACUGGCAAUAUGUGGCGUGAAUUUAUGUAUUUAGGAUUAGAAUUUAAACAAUUAUCAGCUGUACCACAUUUUAUGUGGGCCAUUGGUGGUGAUCGACAAGUGUAUGUUCAUGUUCAUGGUUUAGAUGUACCAAUCAGAAUUAAAGAAGAAACUUAUGAAAAUGAGCGGUGGUUACCUUUGGAAGGAUUUUCUGGAAGAUUGCUUCCAACUGACAGAUAUAACUUUUCAAAUCAAGAUGGUACAGUAGAUCGUAGCAGAGAUAAAGUAAAAUUGCCAUCAAUGGCAUGGCAAUGGGAAGAUGACUGGCAAAUAGAAACAACACUAGAUGGUCAACCGUUAGACCAUGAUGGAUGGACGUAUGCAAUUGAUUUUCCAGCUACUUACACCACAAAAAAACAGUGGAAAUCCUGUGUAAGAAGGCGCAAAUGGGUUCGUUAUCGAAGAUACAGUGCUAUGAACUCAUGGUGUGCUAUUGCGCCUCUUCAUAAAGAUCCGACGAAGGAACCAUUCAUCGAUGUAGCUGUGGGUGGAAAUCAGAUGCCUGGAGGUAGCUCUGGAAGUUUAGUAGUCUGGGCGGUAACCGCUCACGGAAGGGUAAUGUUUCGCGUUGGAACAAGUACAACUUGUCCCGAAGGACAAAGGUGGAGUUCUAUUAAGUUGGCAAGUGGUCACGAAGUAUCUCAGAUCAGUGUUGGAGUAACCGGUCUUGUUUGGGCUGUUCUUAUGACAGGCAAAGCAUUGGUUCGUACUGGAGUAACGAGAGAUAAUCCAAUGGGUGACGAUUGGACGGAAGUAGAUCCGCCGCAAAAAGAUUUGAAAUUGAUACAAGUCAGCGUAGGAACUGAUGCCGUAUGGGCCAUAACGCAUGACGGUGGAGUGUGGUUUCGAAAGGGCGUUCAAGGCGAGAUAAGCGGUGUUUGCGAACAACUGGCUACCGGAACUGGAUGGGUGGAAAUGUUAAGCAAAAUGACAUUAGUGUCUGUUGCACCAAAUGACCAGGUUUGGGCUAUCGGUUACGAGGAUCGGUGUUUGUAUUAUCGUGCCGGUAUUACGCGUUCUGAAUUAACGGGAAAACGAUGGAAAUUGAUAAACGCGCCGCUUCAAUUGAGCCGUGCGAGCAGUAGCGCUAGUUUGUCAUCCAGCAACAGACACAGUACCUGCGGCACGCCGCAGCAGCAGCGUCAUCAGAGCUGGAGUUCUUUAUCUCGUCCUCACAGUACUAGUGACGGUACAACGUUAAUCAGAGAAUGGGAAGAACAAUCGCGUUCGGCGCCAACACCUACUUCUUUGAAAUUAUGGCAACGUACUGGCGACAACAUGUCCGCAAAAAAUACUCAACAAACAUCUUUUCAAGAUAUAUAUUUAAACGAAGAGAAACAGAGACUUGCACGGUCUGUAGAUACGAGUGAUCUGAAUGAAGCGAGUGUUGCUAACAUAACUAUAUCUAACGAGUCUCUAACAAAAAGUGGAGAAUCAAUAGUCGUCUCGGGAAAAGGCAUGAGUAGUACUGUAAAGAUUAAUCCCGCCGCUUGGAGCCCAAUUCAUUCUGUUGGUUCUAUGGUAGGCGUUGAAGCGCAUCCGGAAACAGACGGAAGCGUAUUUGAUCCGGAUUUAACUGGCGAUUCCGGAGUGUAUGGCGAAGACGAAAGCGCGGGGAUAGUGUAUUGGACUGAAUGCGAAGUAUUAUGGUAUAAAGUGGAAGCUGGAGCGUGCUUCGUCGAUCCAACAAACCCACCGAAAUGGAUCGCAGAUGGCAAUGGCACGACACACGGAGAAACGGGAGAAUCGUGGAGAAUCUAUAUUUUGGAUGAACUAAAAGCAAGAUUAAAGAACAUAACACUUGAUCCUUUGAUAGUUUAUGAAAAAGCAGUCGAAAAAUCGUCUUGGGUGAAAACAGGCGACGCUAAAUGUAAGAUAAAAAACGGCAGCUUAUACGAAGAUUGUAAGAUCGAAUUGGAAUGGAUAAGUAGCGACACUGGAUCGUUAGACUCUGGGACUUUAAUCAUUUUAAAUUCGGACGGAGUGACAAGUAUAAUACAAUUUCCUGUCUCGGAGAUUACGUGUGUUGCUUGCUGCAGCGAGCCGGGUAAUCCGAGGAUAGCGGUUCACACUCCCAAAUUAAGUCGCUCAAAGGUAAUUCGGUUACAAUUCGCGAGCGAUACGGAAAUGGAAGACUGGUUGGCACAUUUAACUUUAGUAUCUUGCCAGAUGAACAAUGUGUACGGUAAGCCUGGUCCAAAUUCAAUUUGGACUACAACCGCACUAGGUGACGUUUAUGUGUUCGAUCCUGCAAUCGCGGAGGAGUGUCAAUUAUCUGAAAAUGGAUAUGUACAAGAGAUGGAUGUCGCCGGUAAGGAAUUACCAUUUGAAAGUAUAUUGCAAAAUGGUUUUGGAUAUGGUAGCACUUUAAAAAUUACCGUAUACGUUCACGAUGACGCUGAUAGGCUGUCCUUUAAUUUGGUUUGCUACACUACAAUAUUCGUAAAGCAAAAGUCUGUAACCGAUAGCCACGACGUGGCUUUGCAUUUAAAUCCGAGACUCAAGGAAGGUAUUAUCGUACGAAACACAUAUCAGAACGGUCAGUGGGGCGAUGAAGAACGAAAUGGCGGUAGUCCGUUAAAGGCAGGCUGUGACUUGACGCUGUAUAUCGUUUGCGAGGAACGCGGUUAUAGAAUUUACAUUAAUAAUAAUGAAUAUACUUUUUAUAGUCAUCGGAUACCUCCGCAAAGCAUCACGCAUUUACGCAUCAAGGGAUUGCUGACCUUGUGCAGUAUUAAAUAUACAUCCACGUCUGUAAUUAUCGAACCUAGCACGAUGUUUUGGAGACAGAUUGGUGGACACUUGAGGAAAGUCGAAACAUGUUCCACAGGUAUCACUUGGGGCAUUGGCUAUGACAAUACCGCUUGGGUUUAUACAGGCGGUUGGGGAGGUGCAUUUCUCAAAGGUCUGGGAACUAGUAACACUGGAAUAAAUACAAUGGUAGAUACUCACAAUUAUUAUGUGUAUGAAAACCAACGUUGGAAUCCAGUAACCGGAUAUACUGCGCAUGGACUUCCAACGGAUCGUUACAUGUGGAGCGAUGCGUCGGGACGGCACAAAUGUACACGAGAACAUACGAAGUUAUUGUCGAUGCAUUGGCAUUGGGUGUCAGAUUGGAUUGUUGAUUUUCACACACCCGGUGGCGUGGACCGAGACGGAUGGCAAUACGCUACUGAUUUUCCGUCACAGUAUCACGGCAAAAAACAAUUCACCGAUUACGUUCGAAGAAGACGAUGGUUCAGAAGAUGUCAAUUGACAACUAGCGGACCUUGGCAAGAAUUGGGAAAUACCAAACUCAUCGCUGUGUCUUUAUACGCGACUGGGAAACCUGGCACAGAUGCUCCUAUUUAUGUCUGGGCAAUUGCUGCAAAUGGCGAGGCUUUAUUCAGGCGAGGUGUUUCAGAAUCUUGUCCGUUGGGAGUAUCGUGGGAGCACAUACCAAGCGAUCAGCCUUUAAUUGAUAUAUCAUGCGGUCCAUGUGGAGAAGUCUGGGCUGUUGGAAAGAACGGUUCUUCCUGUUGGAGAUUAGGGAUCAGCGCAGCCAAACCAACUGGAAUACAAUGGCAGAAUGUUGAACCACCUUCGGGUGCUCAGCUGAAACAAAUUUCAGUAGGAUUUAACGUUGUGUGGGCCUUAGAUACAAUGGGUAAAUUGUCGGUGCGUCGAGAAGUACAAUCGAAUGUUUUUCCUGAGGGAACUUACUGGCAAACCUUGCCCGCUAUGCCAAACGAUCCUAUUCAUAUAGACAUGUCAGUGGCAAAUGCCAAACAAGGAUUUCGACAUAUAUCUGUUUCGAGAGAACAGGGACAGAUCUGGGCGACUUCAGGAGCCGGCAUUAUCUGCCGAAGAAUCGGUAUUACACAUGAAAACCCAGCUGGAACUGGAUGGGUAACUGGCAUAGGGGCAAACUGGCAAAGUAUAACUCUUGGAGGACUUGUAAAUAAAACCAAAUAAUCUGUACUGCAAUCAUUUUAAAAUCGCCUAUAUAGUAAUAUAAAGUAAGUAAUAAUUCUCUUGUGAUUGCUUUGUAAGAUACUGCAUUGUGUUGUACUGUAUAUACUUACACAUGCGUGUACGAACACAGACACAUCAAUCUACAAUCCAUGUCGUACUAUAUUGCCAGUCUCUUUGUGGUCAACAAUUACGCACUAAAUUACUUAACAUUAUCGAUAUUAAGAAUACUUUCCUGAGUAUCAUAUAUAUUAUAUACGUUGAUAAUGUUAAGUGAUUUACAAAGUAUUAUAAAUUAUAUAUACAUACAUGUAUAAUAUCUAAUUUAGAGAAUAUAUUAUACUAUUUUAAGUUCUUAUUUGCAUUAUCAAAUGCUUACGUGAUAAAAUAAUAAUAUAUAACGUAUUUGUUUGUUGUAUCUAAUAGUUUUAGAAUAGUCGCACCAAACUCGCAUUCUGCUAUUGUAGACAUUGAAAAAUAAUAUAUAUAAAAUUUUAUAUAUAAUAGAUCUGUGCUUCUCUAAACAAACUUCAAAAUAGGUUUAAUGUUUAAAAUGCAACUUUUUUAAUUUUACUUUUUGUGUGAUAAGCAAGUAAGAAAAACGAGUUUGAUAAGGCUAUUCUGGAAUGUGAAAAAUAACAAUCACAUGAUGAUCACAACAAACCUGUGACUAGAAAAAUAGCGCGCAAAAGCUAUACGUAUAAAAUUAAAAGUACUAUUUUGUGAUAUACACAUUCCAAUGAUCAUGAUAAAUUUCUAUAAUAUUUAAAGAGUUGCUUUUACUUUUUUACUUUAUUUUUUUUAUAAUCUACAACGUUAUAAAUAUUAAAUCCGUUAUAUACACAUAAAUCACACAUUGCUCGAAUAUUGGUGAAGUCUUUUGACAUGUGUGCGACAUGUUAUUGAUUUUACUAAUAUUUAGAGUUUCUCUCGCACACAUUUAAAUAAAAACAAUUUUAUUGUAAAGAAACGUUAUAUUUAAAGGUAGUACUUAAUCUCCCUGUAAAAUGAAAAGUAUUCUGUACCAAAUAUUGUUCAGUGAUUUGUUUUUUGCUUUCAUUAAUGUAAAGCGCAUAUGUACACAUGUUACUUCUAUUUUAUAAAUAAUUAUCACAAUAAAAUGUGCUUUUAUUAUAACGCACUAUACUUAUUAUCGA